GGGAGGAUCACGGGAGGAAUCCUUCAUACCCAGAGACUGGCUGCUCUACUACCCACGCCUUUUGGCCUGUGCUCCCCUCAUCUGCAGUUUCCCCUAGUGGGGAGUAUUUACGUUAUUUAUUUACAUUAGUUAUAGUCCGCCAUUUAGGUGGGGCUCAAUAUAUUCAAAGAGCCUCAUGGCGCAGACUGUUAAAGGUGCAGUACUGCAGUCCUAAGCUCUGCUCAGGACCUGAGUUCGAUCUCGGUGGAAGCUGUUUUUUCAGAUAACCGGCUCGAGGUUGACUCAGUCUUUCAUCCUUCCGAGGAAAGUGAAUAAGUCAGGGGCAACCCAAGAGAAAGGGGAAGGAGAUGGAAGAGGAGAACCCAGAAGGCCCUGGAACUGGCAAGAGAUCAAGGAAAGGUCCCCUUUCCAUCCAAGCAGGCAGUGAUGUUGAAUUUGUGGAAAGAGCUGUGCCAAAGAUCUUGGCUCAGGACACGAUAACUACGCAUGUACACAGCCGAUGCUUCCAACAGUUCUGUUACCAUGAGGCUGAUAGUCCCCGAGAGUUUUGCAGCCAGCUCUAUGGACUGUGCAACCACUGGCUGAAGCCAGAGAGGAACACCAAGAAGCAGAUACUGGACCUGGUGAUCCUGGAACAGUUCCUAGCUGCCUUGCCCCAGGAAAUGCAACACUGGGUCAGAGGCUGUGAGCCAGAGACCAGUUCCCUGGCGGUGGCCCUGGCUGAAGGUUUCCUCCUGAGUCAGGUUGAGGAGAAGAGGCAGACAGAGCAGAUGUGGGGACAAUCUCUAAAGAUGGAAGCAAAGUCCUUUGAGGAAGAAGGAGCUCUAUUACAGAAAAGUGAGAGGGUGCUAGCCCAGGAGCAUGCCCAAGAUGCCCUGUCCAGUGGCAGUAAAGAGAUGUUGCCAGUCCUUCAUCUUUGCAGAGGAGUGGAAACAGCUGCUUCAUGUCUGGCCCAGUCAUCCUUUUCCUUUGAGGAGGUGGCUGUGUAUUUCACUGAGACUGAGUGGGCCCUGCUGGAUCCAGGCCAGAAAGCUCUCUACAGGGAUGUCAUGCUGGAGAACAAUAGGACUGUGGCCUCUCUGGCAGCAGAUGUAGAAGAGACAACUGAGGAAUUCCAGGGGUUCUCUUUGGAAAAACCCAAGAAUGAAGAUGCUGAAGGACAUUGUGAAGAUGGAGCACAGAGGCAGCAGGGAAGCUAUGCAGCAAGUGAUGAUCGGAGGAAUGAGGAGGAUGAGGAACUGCAUCCUCAGUUGCCCGAGGAAGUGAAGAAUGAAGACUUGAGAGGAAACAUCAGCAAUCAAGUUGAGCAUAAGAGGGAGAAAGAGAGCCAGAUGGACAAGAAGAGGGGUAAACCCAUACCUUGUCAAGGGGGGGAUUUCCAAGAAGUAAUUCCCAUGGUGAAGGAAACAUCUAAGUGCUUGAUGUGUGGAAUGAACUUCUCAAAUCAAUCCCAGUAUAAGGUCCAUUUACGAAUGCACAGUGGAAAGAGCCAACAAUGGCUGCAGUCUAGAAAAACCAUGAUUCACAGAGCAGAGCUUCUUACAUAUGAAAGAACACAUCCAGGAGAGAAACUUUAUAGCUGCUCAGAGAGUGGCAAGAGAUUCUCACGGAAAUCAGACCUUGUUCAGCACCAAAGGAUUUGCUCUGGAGAGAAGCUGUUCAUUAGCUCAGAGACUGGAAUGAAGUUUUCUGAAGGAGGAAAAGGUAACAUGCAUUUUCCAAAGCACAGUAUAAUGAAUGCAUGGAAGUGUUUUAGGUGCAGAAAAUACUUCAGAUACAGAUCAGAGCUCCUUGUGCACCAAAGAAUCCACACAGGGGAGAAGCCAUUUGAUUGCUCUGAGUGUGGGAAGAGAUUCCGUUGCAGUGGCCAUCUUAAAAAUCAUCUGAGAACUCACACAGGGGAGAAGCCUUUUGAAUGUUUAGAGUGUGGGAAGCGAUUCAGUCGGAGUGGCACUCUUCAGCUGCAUCUAAGAACUCACACAGGAGAGAAGCCUUUUGAAUGUUCAGUGUGUUGGAAGAGGUUCAGUCGGAAUGACCAUCUUCAGAAUCAUCUAAGAAUCCACAUAGGGGAGAAGCCUUCUGAAUGCUCAGAGUGUGGGAAGAGAAUCAGUACUAAUGGUGAUCUUCAAAAACAUCUAAGAAUCCACACAGGGGGAAAGCCUUUUGAAUGCUUAGAAUGUGAGAGGAGAUUCAGUCACAAUGGCGAUCUUAAAAAACAUCUAAGAACCCACACAGGGGAGAAGCCUUUUGAAUGCCUACAGUGUGGGAAGAGAUUUAGUGAGAGUGGUACUCUUAAACAACAUAUAAGAACACACACAGGGGAGAAGCCUUUUGAAUGCUCCGAAUGUGGGAAGAGAUUCAAUUACAGUGGCGAUCUUCAAAAACAUCUAAGAAUUCACACAGCGGCCAAGCCUUUUGAAUGCUCAGAGUGUGGGAAGGGAUUCAGCCACAGUGGCCAUCUUCAACAGCAUCUAAGAACCCACACAGGGGAGAAGCCUUUUGAAUGCUCAGAGUGUGGGAAGAGAUUCUGUCAGAGUGGCCAUCUUCAAAAACAUCUAAGAAUCCACACAGGGGAAAAGCCUUUUGAAUGCUUAGAAUGUGGGAAGAGAUUCAGUCGGCGUGACACUCUCCAAAAACAUCUAAGAACCCACACAGGGGAGAAGCCUUUUGAAUGCCUACAGUGUAGGAAGAGAUUCUGUCAGAGUGGCACUCUUCAAAAACACCUAAGAACCCACACGGGAGAAACCUUUUGAAUGCUCUGAGUGUAUAAUUGAUUCAGUUACAGUUGCACUUUUCAAAGACCUCUAACACAGGGGAGAAGCCUUUUGCAUGCUUUGAGUGUGAGAAGAGAUUCUAUCAGAGUGGGGCUCUUCAAAAACAUCUAAGAACCCUGUCAUGCCCAGGACCUAGGCCAUGAGGCCUAGAGGACCUGGGGAAGUCUACCUAGAACGUACUAGGCCGAUGUCUCCCAGGAUCCCUUCUGUCCCUCUCAUUGGAUUGGCAGAAGUUUUGGAGGGAAAACUUGCCCAGUGUAGCACAGAAGUAUGGGUUCUGGGAGGAAAGAAUAGAAGGUCUGGCUGGAGAAGGAGAGUUCUCUUUGGAAAGGCUGAGCUGGAGAGAGGGGUGAGUUAUUUGGAAUCAGUAGGAGGGAAUAUAUAGUUAGUUGCAUCAGGACUUUUAUCUUUCUUUGUACCACUUUUACUGUUUUUCUUGUUUUUCACUACUUCUACAAAAAUUUUACAAUCCACUUGUUUGUUCUUCAGUACUAAAAUAGAUUUAUCGUUGUUAUGC